GAUUGAUCUUUUGUAUUGAAGGUUCUAAUAUGGAUUUUGAUAGUAACGAUGGAACAAUUGUUAGGAAAAUUCAGCAAAAUAUCGAAGAAUUAGGACAGCAAGUACAACACCUCGACUCUUUCGUUAAUCGUCUGACCGAAAGCGAACAAUGUCGCGAACACUUCAACCAGUUAGCGCACACUGCGCAGCAAUUGUCGAAAGAGACCAACCAACUGAUGAAACAGCUCGUUCAGCUUAGCAAUGCAAACCGAUCAUUGCGUAUCCAUCGUGAACGAUUGCAAAAUGAAUACAUAGGUGUUCUGAAUCGGCUGCAGGGCUGCCAAAGGCGUGCAGCUCAAACUGAGAAGGCCAGCAUGCGUAAGAUGCGUGAUGCUGCCGAGCAAGAUGAAGAAGCCGCUAAAAGAAUGGAGGAGGAAGCUGCUGCUCAAGGGAGUCAUAUAAAGCGACAACGUCAACAACAAAUCAAUAUUAAUGAAAUUAGGGAAAGACAACAGGCUCUCCAACAGCUUGAACAGGAUAUUGGAGACGUCAAUCAGAUAUUUGCGGAUCUAGCUCGAAUAGUACACGAUCAAGGUGAUAUGGUAGACAGCAUUGAAGCAAACGUAGAGCACGCUCAGAUCCAUGUAGAGCAGGGAGCAAGUAAUCUACAACAAGCUGUUUACUACAACCAAAAAGCACGCCAGAAGAAAUUGCUGCUUUUUGCUUUUCUCGUAAUUCUUUGUCUUAUAAUCGGUUUGACUAUCUAUCUUUCUCGGUGAAGAAAAAACCUUUCCAUCCUUUGAGUUCUUUGCUUUGUUAUCACUAACUUAUUUUUAUCGGUUGUGUUUAUUUUUCUUUGCUUCAACAGUUUGUCUUCUGAAAUCGUACAGUUCUUAAACUUCAAGGCUUCCCAUGAAUGUUUUAGCAGUUUUGUUUUGACAACUUUUCGCUUAAACCUCGAUUCAUCGCAUCUGCUUCAUUAUUCAUUGCCGCGCACAUUCAACUAUUUAGUUCAUUCGGCAAGAAUGGUGUAUCUAUCAGUAAUACUUUUUGCUCUUUUUUUAAAAAUUAUAUCUGCUUAUGAGAAAUUGGACUUUGCUUUCGACCUGCUUGAGAUUUUUCGCGGUGCAUUGUGUUGAUUUUGUGAUGCAGUUCUGAGAUAUUAGGAACUCGGUGUUCUGUAAAAUAUGUGUGAAAAUAUGCGUUUUGACCCUUUGCUCUAGACGACCUCCGAAUGUGGCCUACAGUAAUACUUGGUAUGAAUAAACAUGUCUUCUCG